UUGGAAACCUGUGAAGCCAAACUAUUACAAUGGCAGAAAACAAGGACAGUCAUAUUAAAAAUGCAGACGUGAGGCCCAAAAGCAGCCGGAGCAGAAGCGCAGACAGGAAGGAUGGUUAUGUCUGGAGUGGAAAGAAGCUCUCCUGGUCAAAGAAGAGUGAGCACUGCCCCGACGCCGAGGCAGCAAGCGCUGCAGGAAGGCCAGGGGCCGCUUUGAGAAGCCAGGAGAGGAAGUUCAGCUGCUCCUCCAUCGAGCUGGAUCUCGAUCGCUCCUGUGGACACAGGUUUUUAGGCCGCUCUCUCAAACAGAAGUUGCAAGACGCCGUGGGCCAGUGCUUUCCCAUAAAGAACUGUAGCAGCCGGCACGGCUCCGGGCUCCCGUCGAAAAGGAAAAUCCAUAUCAGUGAGUUAAUGCUAGAUAAGUGUCCCUUCCCGCCGCGCUCGGAGCUAGCCUUUCGGUGGCACCUGAUUAAAAGACAUACGGCCCCUAUAAGUCAGAAAGCAGAGGAGUGGAUAAUUGCAGAUUUGUCCCAGAGUGAGGAGAAGGAGGAUCAGCUGAGGGACGAUGAGAUUGCGGGAGCGGGAACGGACUCUCCUUCCUCGUCCUGUGACCUGACGGACAGCAGUUCUUCCAGGGCCGAUUCCAGGGCCGAGCUGGUCCCAGGCAAAGCAGGACGGAGCGGGAAGGACGAGAGCGAUAUGGACUCCGACGAGGACGUCAUAACCCUGUGCACGAGUUCUAGGAAAAGAAACAAGCCCAAAUGGGAGACGGAUGAUGAGCUGCUGCGGAUGGAGACGCCUCCUAAAUACCACACGCAGAUCGAUUACGUCCACUGCCUGGUCCCGGACCUCCUUCAGAUCAAUAACAACCCCUGCUACUGGGGAGUCAUGGAUAAAUACGCAGCCGAGGCCCUGCUGGAGGGCAAGCCAGAGGGAACGUUCUUACUACGAGAUUCUGCCCAAGAAGACUAUUUAUUUUCUGUGAGCUUCAGGCGCUACAGCCGUUCUCUGCACGCGCGGAUAGAGCAGUGGAACCACAACUUCAGCUUCGAUGCCCACGACCCCUGUGUCUUCCACUCCCCCGACAUCACGGGACUCUUAGAGCACUAUAAAGAUCCCAGCUCCUGUAUGUUCUUCGAACCGCUUUUAUCCACCCCCUUGAACAGGACUUUUCCUUUCUCCCUCCAACAUAUAUGUAGAACAGUUAUUUGCAACUGCACAACUUACGAUGGUAUCGAUGCACUUCCUAUUCCUCCCUCAGUGAAGCUCUAUCUGAAGGAAUAUCAUUAUAAAUCGAAAGUCAGAGUACUCCGAAUCGAUGUACCAGAGCAGCAAAGCUAGAAAAUAUUUUUAUGAAAGAAUGAAAUUGUCUCUAAGCAGAGGAAUAGCGUGUCCAGUCUCGCCUUCCUUUUAGGUUUUUUUUAAUGGCAGUUUGAUUUUCUUCUCUUGCAGAUUAUUUAUAACCCAAACUAGCCUCUGCCUAAGGCAUUUUUAUCCAAAUGUACUUUGAGUCUUCCCACCUCUCUUUUUAAGAAAUGAUCUUUGUGGGCUUUUGGUACUGAUCCCAAUCUAGAGUUUUAUGGAAUUUCAGGUAGGCUUUCUGGUAUUUCUAUAGAUGGAUAGUCUUUAGAUCUAAAAACCUUAAAAAUCAGUUUUGAACUCAAUCUGUCUUUUAUAUUGUAAUUUGCAUAUGUUGCUUACAUGUUUGAAAUAAUGCACUCAACUAAAGACUGACUCAUCUGUAUUUUCUGCAUUUCUUUUAAAAUGAGCACUCAAGCCUCUGUGUGUGUGUAUGUGUGUCUAAAACACAGUAA